AUGCUCUUCCAGGCGACCGUGAAGGAAGUCGUGGACACCGUGGAGCUGGUCGUGAAAGAAGUGGUGCUGGAAGUGGUUUCAGUGGUGGUGCUGUUGCUCACCUGGGAACGCACCGUGGUGCUGGAUGUCGUGCUACUCUGCGUUUUGGACGUCGUGGAGAUCGUCGUGCUCCACGACGUGGUCUGCGUGGAGGAGGUGCUGCUGCUGACGGUCACUGAGGACGUGGUCCGUGUCGAGGAGGUCACCGUCACCGAGGAAGAUGUGGAGCUGGUCACCGUCAACGAGGAAGAUGUGGAGCUGGUCACCGUCAACGAGGUCGUGGUAGGCUGA